AUGCAGCAGCAGCAGCAGGGCGCAGGGGCGGCCCCGGUUGCGCCACAAGCGGCCCCGGCGGUGGACGAUGACCCGUUCGCCGAGCUCGCGGCGGGGGGGGGCGGCGCCGGCGCCGGCGGUGCGGGCAGAAGAGAACCGGACGGCGAGGAGAUCUUCGAGAAAGGGGACGAGGUCCUCUACAUCCGAGGGAGCGACCCGCCUCUGGACGGCGUCGUGCAGAAGGUUCACCUCGAGGACGAGACCCCUUACUACACGGUCCUGAUCGCCGUCACGGGGAGAGAGAAGAACACGGACCGCGCGCACCUGCGGCACAAGGGAGCUGAGGGUGCCGCUGCGAAUGGGCGACACCAAGCGCAGGCUGGACCUGACGCCUUCGCUGCGCUGGGAGCCGUCUCUUCGUGGGCCAGCCCCUCCGGAGCCGCGGCCCAAACGCCGGCCGCCGCCGCUGCCCCGCCAGCAGCGACCCUCCCGAACGCCGCUCAGCCGCAACACACACAAGGCGGGGCACCGCCGCCGUUGCCUCCGAAACCUCAGCAGGGUUUCCAAGGCAUGGGGCCGGGGGGAGCGCCGCCGUCGAUGCCGAUGCCCCCGGUACCCGGUCAGCAGGCGGCGGUGCCGGUGGCCGUGGCGGCAGGAGCGGGGGCCGGGGGCGGGGGCGAAGGGAGUAAUCCUUUCGGCGCGCAGGGGGAGGGGGGUAUGAUGGCGGCGCCAGCGCCGGUGACGGGGACGGGUGUGGUGGAGCAGGUGCGAGGUGGUUUAAUGCCGUGUUCGCUGUAUGGCCCCGAGGAGCGCGGUAGUUUAGUAGGUACAGUAGGACGAAACUGCUCGUGAAGACCCCUCCCCGCCCCCCUCUUCCAACCUACCGAUGGUAUUGUUCCUAUCGCCAUCCCAACGCUACCGCUCUUUCACUCAAAUCACUUCGUCGUAUUUUUUUUUUUGAGCGGCGACCCCCUUCGCUCACCGCACGUGAAUCAUGUUUCACCCUGCCCCCCCGACCGCAGGCGGCCGGCGGGAACCCCUUCGACAUGUUCUAAUGAGCGUGCAGGCCGCAAACACGGCGCCGCUCACCGUAAGGGCAACGACAAAAGAAAAAGCUGUGCUGCCACCUUUUCGGUAGGAUUUGUGGGCUCCAUCGUCAUGGUGUGUUGUUGUCUUGGCGCGCGGACGCGGGCGAGAGUUUGUUGGCGCGCUUUCGCGACGCACUGCUCUUGAAGCCGACGGUCCCGCCAUCUGCCGACGACGCCCGUGUGUAGGGCGGGGCGGGGCGGGGCGGGGGCGCGCGUCUCUUCUCCGACAAUUGCGUGUCUGUCGGUUUCAGACGCGGCGUAACUCGCCGCGGAAAUUUAAAUUUCGCCGCUUUCCUCGGGGCUGGUUGGCGGCACCGUGGCGGUCGCAGAGAUUGCUGCAGAGGAGGGGGGUCUGGAACGCGCAGUGGGGGGCACCGCCGCCGCCGCCGCCGCCGCGCCGGCAGUACGCUAGAGGGGUAGGGGAGACAGAGAGGAUCCCGCUCUUGCUUUACGUUGGCCUGGUUUUAGAGGUGGCGGCGGCCGCUGCUGCUGCUGCUGCUGCCGCAGCUGCUGUUGUGUAUGGUAUGAUUUUGCGACACGCUUGUGGUCAUUUUGUUGUGGCGCGGUAUGCGACCUGUUGCCCGUUUUUUGGCUCGUGGUUGGUUUUGUUCCUCGUUGCCUGCGGCUAUUGUUGACGGUUCCUCCGAUGGAAUUUCGUGCCCUCCCCCCGCGGCUUUUGCUUUGGUCGACGACGUAUGCUGGGAGUAUUCAGUGUAGAGCCCACGCAGCUGUCGUCGCCUUUACAGCCGCUGCUGUGGAGUUGCGGUGCUUUGCGUUGACGGAGGUGACACGUAGGCAAGGCACAAAGUUUUGGAGCGGAAGAGGCGCGAGAGAUGAGAGGUUUACGUUUCACGUCGAAUAUAUUCCGUGGUCGUUUGGGAUGUAGGUCCGUUCCUUUGUGUGUGUCGCCCGGCUAUUGUUAUUGGUGUCGUUUGUGCGAUGUCGGAUGUGUUUUGUCUGUGAUAGGAGCGCGGCUCUGUCUGAGGCGUCAUGGCAGACGGAAGGGGGGAUGAACCCGUGACGCGGCGAAAUUAAGUUGUUUAGUAUUUUUUGGUGGCGAGAUGCAGGCUCGAUCCAACCAUUGUGCUGUAUUGGUGCAGGCAGGGAGCAGGGUACACUACUCGACGUUAGCCCUGAUGUCCGACAGAUGGCCGUGGAGGAAUCUUAGUCCAGCACACCCGCCACUUCGUGGCAUCGUCGAUGAUAGAGAAUUGGAGAGUGUAUUUUUGUCCGUCCGUUUUGGCAAGAAGAAUCAACACUUGUA